AUGCCUGAAAUUAUAGACGACAAAUCGCAGCACUGUAUCCCCUAUCUGCUCGAACGCUUACGCAUCCAUACCGAGCGGCACAGCGGCAAUACCCCGCCAUUCUUCAUCGGUCUCAAUGGCGUGCAGGGUGCCGGCAAGACAGUACUAGUGUCCUCUCUUAAUGAUACCCUCCGAUCAGAGCCAUAUUCGCUUUCCGUCGUGACCUUAUCCCUCGAUGAUAUUUACCUGACACACGCCGAUCAGGUCGCUUUGGCUCAGGCGCACCCAUCAAAUCCACUUUUGCAGCAUCGUGGUCAACCUUCUACCCACGAUCUUGCAUUGGGCGAGGAGGUGUUUGCUUCGCUGGCGGCCGAACGGUUGACGGCCAUUCCACAGUACGAUAAAUCUGCCUUUUCAGGUCAAGGUGAUCGUGUUCCGAAGGAUCAAUGGAAAAUCGUCAAUGAAGAGGGACAGAAAAAGGUCAAGGUGGUGAUCUUUGAGGGAUGGUGUGUGGGUUUCCGCGCGUGGGAUGAUCUAACCCUGCGCGUGAAAUGGGAGGCUGCUGUGCGCCAGAAGGAAUCCGGCGAUUAUAAUGGACGGCUGGGACAUGUUCAGUUUGAAGAUGUCAAGGCUGUGAACGAUGCCUUGAGGCAAUAUGAUGUUUUGACCAAUGAUGCCGAGAAUCCUAGUUUCGUUUAUGAAUGGCGCCAGGAACAGGAACGCACUCUUCGUGCGACCAAAGGCACCGGAAUGACCGAAGAACAGGUCAAUCAAUUUGUGGACGGCUGUGCGUAUAUCUUCGAGCGUUGGACUUGUGACUAUACUAAUUGUGAAUACCUGAAGAUUACCCAUCGUAUGAGCUUUUCACCGAAACUCUCCGUGAGGGCGCAUUCAAGCCUGGUCUGCAUAGACCGUCGUCAUCGGACACUGAAUGGCAAGGCCGACAGCUUCGUUUGGUGGUCAAUCGUAAUAGGAGAGUUCAGAAGGUCAUUGAGAUUUGAUCUGACAGUCCUGCUACACAGAGAUCAAGUCUAA